CUGAAACUCCUGUUUUCCCUUAUUAUAUACAGAAUAAAGAAACGCGGAACGUUGAACCGGAUAAGUGAAAAUGUCAUCAUCCAAUAUUUGAGUUUCCUGUGAGUUAAGAACAUGAGAAAAUGUCACAGAUAAAGCUUUUUGUAGAUAAUAUUUCAUCGUUUCUUUUAACGUUUUAAAUAGUGGUUACAUUAUCAAUUCUAUGUCGUGAAAGAUGAAAUUCCAGAAUAUAUAUUGAUUGAUCUAUUGAUGAUUGUAUAAUUUCAACAACAUUAUAUAUGGCAUGUGAAAAAUUAUCGAUAUAUCGAUAUAUAAUUGUAAUCUUAAUUUUCUUUACAACAAAUUUGUUCAUGUGAAAUAAAAGUGUAAAAACACGUUCUAUUCUAAGAUAGCUAACCUAGUUAACAAUGAAAUCGGGUACAACGGUUAAGCAUACGGGAUCUAUACUCUUGAAAACAGAAGAAAAUGAGCAUGUCUUUCAAUUAAUAGGAAAUCGAUGUCAGUGCUUAGCAGCAGGAAUUAUACAGUUAUACUUAACUGAACCACCUUUUCAUAAAGAAUGGGUAAAAAAGAAUACUGGAAUAAUAACUCUAAUAAGAGAUAAUCCAAGGCGUAGUUUUUUCUUGCGAUUAUAUUGUCUACAAAGAAGAGCCAUGUUGUGGGAACACGAAGUUUAUAAUUCUAUGGAUUAUAAAACCCCCUUAGUUUAUUUUCAUACAUUUGAAGCCGAAGAAUGCAUGGCAGCAUUCAAUUUUGCAAAUGAAGUUGAAGCUAUCACAUUAAGAGAUAUUCUUCUUGACAAAUUGAAUGCCAAACGACAAAGACGACAAGAAAAAAGAUCCAAAAUGGAAAUGGAAACACAACAUGUAGUAACUUUACCACGAAAAAGUAGAAGCAGCACAUCAUCAUUUGCAUUUACAACUGGUGCAACAUCAAAUACAUUAAAUGGGCAGACUACAGUUGGUGUUAAUAGAAGUGCUUCUAGUAGUUCUAUGUAUAAAAGUAAAAAGAAAAAAAGCGACAAAGAUUCAAGAAGAAAAUUGACUAAAGACGAUAUAGGCUUACCAUCUAAUUUUAGGCACCUAGUGCAUAUGGGAUGGAAUGCUGAAAAUAAAGGUCUAGAACUUGAUACAGUUGACCCAGAAUUAAAAAAAUUUUUUGAUAAGGUAGGUAUUUCAGAACACCACUUAAGAGAUCAAGGAACGCGUGAGUUUAUUUAUGACUUCAUUGAGUCACAUGGUGGUAUGAAUGCUGUUAAAGAAGAAGUUGUUUUACCAUCAACUAAAUCAAGAAAUGCAAACCAACCACCUGUGUUACCACAACGUCAAGAAUAUCCUCCACCGGUACCAGCUAGAACAAUAACACAUCAGACAAGGAAUGCUCCACCAUUACCUCCAACUCGACUCAAUACCCCUACUGCAUCACCAAAUACAUCAUCUACUGUCCCACCAGUACAUAGAUCAGCACCGUCACGUCCACCACCACCCUCUGUAACUCCAGCACCUUCUCUACCACCACCACCGCCACCACCUCCACCUUCAUCUGCUCCAACACCUCCCUCAAGAAAUAUCUCCAGUGGUCCAGUCCCACCUCCUCCGCCACUACCUAAUAGUUUUGAUAUGGAUACUGCAAAAGUUAAUACAAAUACCACAAAUAACAAUAAUGAGGAAAUCACUGAUCUUAGGCCAAUGCUAAUGGAGUCUAUUAGAAGUGGUGCUACAUUGAGAAAAGUUAGUAAAACAGAAACAAAGCCAGCUCCAGUCAAUGAUUCUCGAAGUGAUUUAUUACAACAAAUUCGUCAAGGAAUAGAAUUGAGGCCAGUUCCUAACGAAGUUAAGGCUACUCCACCACCAGUGUAUCAAGAUGGGUUGGCUAGUGCACUCUCUAGAGCUCUCGCUGAGCGAUCUCGUGCAAUUCAUAGUGAAAGUGAUGAAUCAACUAGCGACACGAGUGAGGAGGACGAAUGGGAUGAUUAAGUUAA